UCUUGAUGCUCAUUCUAAAGGCAGGAAUAUGGAUGAUGUCAUUUUUGAUAGUAGUCAGAGAUUUGGAGAUCCAACCUCAUGCCUUGAAACUCUGCUAAGGUUCAGCAGCUUGAAAAAUCCAAGCUGGUAUGAAUUGAGAAAUUUCACCUGGUUUCUCAGUUUGCAGUUUCAAGAUGCCGAGAGUUCUUUGUUCUGCCAAAGAGACCUAAUUAGAGAAGAGUUACAGGGAAUGAAGACCUUUGUGGUCAGAUUCAUGAUAAGGAUGGUGAAGGAUUUUGCUUUACCAACUCUCAACAUAACAGAUGAAAGCAGGGGUAUUGAAUUUGAUGAUCUUGUUGAAUAUGAAAUAAGGACUCCAUGGGAAAAAAGACAAAACCCAUAUGUCUUCUUCAACUCAGACCACACUACCAUGACCUUUCUUGGGUUCUUUGUUGAUCGCAAUGGAGCCUUGAUAGACCCAAAGACAAGCGCACCAUUAGAGGCAAACCUUCUUCCACUAGCCCUUCAACAGCGACUCAUCACACAACGUGUCAAGUUCAACUUGGAUUUUGACAUCUUAGAAAAACAGCAUGGAAGAUGGGAGCAGUUGCUAUAUCUUGGUAGAUUUUUUGAUAUACAUGAACAUCAAAUGUUUGACCCUGAUCCAUCAUACCAGCUGACAACAGACAAUGCCAAGAAAAUGCUGGCAAUCAUGAUGCGCUUUCGAUGUGGCAUUCCAGUGGUUGUAAUGGGAGAAACUGGGUGUGGGAAGACAAGGUUGAUUCGCUUUCUCAGUAAGCUAAUGGCUAAAUCCACAGAUGUGAAGAAUAUGAUUAUCAUGAAGAUUCAUGGUGGAACAACAGCUUCAGAUGUCAAAAAGAAAGUGAAGAAAGCAUGUCAGGAAGCAAGAGCAAACAGAGAACAUCACAAAGUUGAUACUGUUCUCUUCUUUGAUGAGGCAAAUACAUCCCCAGUGAUCAGUCUCAUAAAGGAAAUUAUGUGUGAUAAAACCAUGCAUGGUGAGAAAAUACAAGAACUGGAUGAUUCCCUGAAGGUUAUCGCUGCCUGUAACCCUUACAGAAAGCAUAAUGAUGAAAUGAUAGCAAAGCUGGAAUCUGCUGGAUUGGGGUAUCAUGUGCGUGCUGAAGAGACAUCAGAUAGAUUGGGGAGAAUACCAAUGAGGCACUUAGUCUAUAGAGUCUUCCCACUGCCUCCCAGUUUGAGACCAUUUGUAUGGGACUUUGGUCAGCUGGACCACAAUACAGAGGAAAAAUACAUCAUUAAAAUUGUUGAGCGAAAGAUGUCUGAAUUCAACAAUGACAAUCCUGGAAAUGAUGUUCAAAAGGAAUAUUUUGAGCCACUUGGUGAAGUGCUUGCUCAAUCACAACUUUUCAUGAGAGGGCAAAAGGAUGAAUGCAGCUUUGUGAGUCUAAGAGAUGUAGAGAGGGCAUUAGAUGUCAUGUUAUGGUUUCUCAAGCAUUAUCCAAUGCUCCAAGCAAAGUUCAAACAGGAUCCAAUAAAUAGAAUAGAGGAACUUGACCAGGAGACCUGGUCAAUGGUGAUGGCUUUGGGUGUUUGCUAUCAUGCUUGUCUUUUAAACCGAGAAGCCUAUAGAGAAUUCAUAGAACCAUUCAUCCAAAAACAUCCAUUCAAGUUUCAUGGUGGACCAGAACGAAUACAACGUGAAAUAUCUAGAUGCCAAGACCUGUUCCUGGAUGAGUGCUAUCUUGAGAAAAACAUAGCAAAGAACAAUGCUUUGAAGGAGAAUGUGUUCAUGAUGGUGAUUACAAUCAUGCUGAGGAUUCCCCUUUUCCUUGUUGGCAAACCUGGGAGCUCAAAAUCCCUCGCAAAGACAACUGUGGCUGAUAAUAUGCAGGGAGAAUCGAGUGAACAUCAGUUCUUCAGGGAGUUGAAGCAGGUGCAGAUGUUUUCAUUCCAAUGUAGUCCACUUGCCACUGCUGAUGGUAUUCUAGGAGUAUUUGAACAAGCUGGUAGCUUCCAGAAAGAUAAGAACCUGGAAAGGUUCACAUCGGUAGUGGUACUAGAUGAAGUAGGGUUGGCAGAAGAUUCACCCCAAAUGCCAUUGAAGGCACUCCAUCCCUUGCUUGAGAAUGGUUGCAUUGAAGAUGAUGAUGAUGCAGAGGAUUACCAAAAGGUUGCAUUCAUUGGUAUAUCCAAUUGGGCACUUGAUCCUGCAAAACAGAACCGCGGGAUCCUUGUGUCCCGUACUGUUCCUGACCAAGCAGAGCUUGAAGAAAGUGCAAGGGGAAUAUGCUCAACAGGAAAUGAGGCCCACAAAAGCAAGGUUGCUCCCAUUAUUCCACCUUUGGCAGAGGCAUAUUUGCAUAUUUACACAAACCAACUCCAGGACAAUAUGAAGGAGUUUUUUGGUCUUAGAGACUUUUAUGGGGUUAUCAAAAUGGUAUUUGGAUUUGCUGAAAAAUGCCAAGGUGAUAUAAGAUGGCCCCAGCUGGAACAUGCCAUCCGAAGAAGUUUUGGUGGUUUGGAAAAGACCGAUGUACUUACUGAGUUUCAAAAGAGAUGCCACAACCUCGAUAAAACAGAGAAGUUAGAAGGUGACCCGGAUUGUUCUCCAACAGGCCUUGUUAAGGCGAGUCUUCAUGGGGAAUACACUACAAGUGAGAGCAGAUAUGUUUUACUAAUGACUGAAAAUGAAGGUGAAGGCCUUGGUAUUCUGACACAAGAACUUCUGAGAAAUGAGAAAACUGUUGUUAUAUUUGGAAGUGCAUUCCCUAGAGAUCAAGCAUAUGUACAGGUGUGUCGUGGAAUGCACAGAGUAAAACUCUGUGCUGAGGCUGGUUAUACUGUUGUUCUCGUGAAGGCGGAUUCCCUCCACCCAAGUCUUUAUGAUGCACUGAAUCAGAACUACAAGUACUUUGGUGGUCAGAGAUAUGUAGACCUUGGUCUUGGCACACACAGAGUGAAAUGCAGGGUCCACAAAGAUUUCAGAUUAAUCAUUGUGGCAACAAAAGAUCAGGUCUUGAAGGAGUUCCCGAUACCACUGAUCAACAGACUAGAAAAGCAUAUCCUAAGUAUGGACUCGAUGCUAACUCCUGAGCAGAGACAAAUUGUUGAAAAGCUGAAGAAAUGGACUCAAGAUUUCUGUAAGAUUAAUCAACAAUGCGCAUACAAGAAACUUGGCAGAACUGAUUACAAGCUUGAAGAGGUGUUUAUGGGCCACCAUAGAGACAGUGUGCCCUCCAUUGUUCGUACGACGUGGCACAAUGUGCAGGAUGAAGACAACGAAUGUCAUCCUGAAGAAGUAUUUGAAAAUUGCAAACAAAUUCUUCUCAAAAUGGCUACUCCUGAUGCAGUAUUGCGAUUGGGUCACUCUUGCAUAAAGAGAGAAGAAGCACAGAGACUCCAGCAAGCAUACUUCAACUUUCCACGUAGUAGUGUUGGUGACGUUAUCAAGCAUUCAAUACAAACAAAUACAGAAAAUGAACUGCUGCUGCAAAUAACAACUCAUUCAGCAAAGAUAUCAGACAAGAGAAUCCAGAAGGAUGUAGAAACUGUGAUAAGGGAUGGUGUAGAACAUGUAAUAUGCAAGGAUCUUCAGGCCUUUGACACGGAACAAAACUUUAGGAAGUGUCUCAAAUCAUACCUCGAGCUGCCAUCAAACUCUGCUAACGUGUUCAUCCUUUUGAUGGAGAUUCAAAACAGUCUUAUAGCUACAGUACGUAACUGUAUACAAGAUGAAAGAAAUAAGAUGACCAUUGAACACAAAAUUAGAGCCCCUUGUCACUUUGUGCUCAUCGCACAUGCAAGUCGUGGUGCAUCACAUGCAGAUUUUGAGAGUCUUCAAAGUGGAAACUGGAGUGCAGUUCAUAUAGACGAUAUUGGAAAAUGUGGAUCUGAUGCCCCAGAUAUUUCGGAAUUACGCCACACAGCAAUAAGUGAAGCAUUUGAAAGUGACAUGGUAUUACACGAGGUUGCAACUCAAAAUUCUCAUGAGAGCAUGAUGGAUGAUAGUGGAAAUGCAGGGCUUAUUCCUGCAGUUGAUUCAGGCACACAUAUGCUAGAGCAAGAGGACACAACUGAACAAUAUGUUAGCAUGGGUAUUGACAAUAUGCAGGUAAAUGAUGAAAAAAAUUCUGAUCCAUAUGUAGUUAUCAACAGCCGCUCAUUUGACAGUGGAGUUUCAUCCAGGAUUGGUGAUGAAACACUGAACACGACUCUUGACACCAAUAUGGAAACUUCAGAUGAAAGUAUGUUGCAGAGUGACAAUAAAAUUAGUCAACAACAUGCUACAGCUGAGAGAAUUAUAGAUUUGACGAGAAUGGAUAAUGAGGAAGAAAUGGAUUUGGAUCAAAUACCUGAAGACUGUCAAGCAGAGGAAACUAUUGAACAGAGACCUCAACAACAUUCCAGCUAUCAGUCGCCAUUAGUUAACACAACAGAGGUGCUCAAUGCAUCUCUACUACCAGCUGCUAAUAUGAUAGAGGAUUUGAAUUCCAACAGAGAUAGAAAGAAGGACAGAGUUCAAGUUGUUAAUCAGCUUAUUAGAGGUGGUUCUAUGAGCAUCCCCAAAGUGCCUGCUUCUCUGACCCUUGAUCGCUGUGCUAAUGUUCAAAUUGGAGAUAACAAUGUAUUUGCUGAUCAACAUGUUUCACUUGUAAACAUUCCUGCAGACUAUAGAGGAUCAUUCCACAUGCAUGUAAAACUGACCAGGACAGAAAAGGGAGCGGUAGUGGAUGCACAUGUAUCAUCUCUACCUCCAAAUCCUACAAGUCCUAGAGAAAGCACACCAGAAGCCCAACGGGGCACUGACUUUGAUCAAGCAGCACUUAUAGCAAUAGCAUCAGAGCCUGAUGGUGCAGAAGAUACACUCAAACAGGAAUAUGGAAUGGCUUUGCUUGAUAUAACAAAGGGGUCAAUUGUUUUCACAUUGAAAAUAGAAGAUCCACAAAAGGCUGCAAAACUUGUAGAUGAUUUCUAUAAUGGGUCUUUGGCUAAGGCUAUAGUCUUAAAAAUGCUUCCUGAAAAAAUAAGGAAUGAAUUCAGCGGUGCUAACAUCAAUAUUCGUCUGACUAUAGAUGGCGACCUAGUAAAAGCCUGUCUCAAUAAAGAGCAAGGUGUAGACUUCUUGACUGUACUCAAACAUCGCAUGCUAGGCUUAUUAAAGGAAAAGGAUGAGGCACAGUCAGCUACAGCACAAAGUUGGCUUGUAGAUGAAGCAUUGGUUAGGAAGUUUCUAGAACAGGGUGGAACGUUUAGAAAUGCAGCUUGGCUAAAAAUCAACUCAAUUGUCAGUCCAGUUCUGGCCCAUGUUCUGGCAUACAUAGACAGAGAUGACAACCUUGACAUCUUGAGAGAUAACCCACCAGACACAUGGGUAAAUCAACUCUGGUUGGAGAUGUUCAGUGAUCCAGCAAUAACUGAGCUCACAUACAAAGAGCAGCAAAGUAGUGGGGAUAAGAUAAAGAUGCAGACAUGGGGCCAGAGUGGAGAUUCCUUUAAGUCAGCAUUUCCAUUUUCCUGGCUAGUGAAGGUCAUUCUAGAUAAAGUGUGGAACCAAGCAAAUAAGGAAGCAGAUAAUAUGAGAAAGACGCCUGAAGAUCUGAUGGUUCAACUUUUCCAGGCAACUGCCAUUGGGAAAUUACUAGAUAGAUACUAUCAAAAUGUCGAUAAGAAUGAAUUCCGACAGAGAUUUGUUCAUGAUUUUGUACGAAUGGUGUAUAAGCAAUCAUCUACUGAAGAAAUACAUGAACAUGUGAUGAUUGCAAAUGCGUUUCACAUAAGUUGCCUGAACCCUACAAGAGUACAUAUGACUCCAGUGACAGCCAUCUUUGAGAUAUAUGUACAAAGCAAACAUAUACUGGAUGAUGUAUCUCGCCUUACAGAGUUGAUACCAGACCUACCAAGACACAUGUCAAGUACUGUUCCUGUCAUGAACCUUUUGGAGGAGAGUGGAAUAAUUGGGUUGAGAUUGUUGGAUCCCUCUUAUAUCAAUAUGAUAGACCCUGUAGAAGUAGACAAAUGGCUCCAAAUGAUGACCAGUAUUUCAUCUAUUAUGAACAGUAUAUUCUUAAAGGAGACCAAUAGCAAGGAAACCUCCAACCACAGGCAUAUGUGGACAAAGAUGAAAGUACUCCUAAGCUUUGUGGAACAUGUUUGUAUGAAACCUGGCAUGGACAAGAUAACAUAUGACUAUGCAAGUAAUCUAUGGAAGACACUGACUGUGUACCCGAAGGCAUUUGAAUUACACCAGGUACCUACCAUUGUGUGCCUUGAGAGAUACCUCAAAAGGGUAAACCUUCAGUCAGGAAAGCUCCACAACAAGUAUAGCAUACAUGAAUGUCCAGUGUGUCAAGAGAGUAUACAAGAACCAGUGAAACUACCCUGCGACCACAUGUGCUGUCUUCCAUGUGUACAGCAAUGGAUGGCUGGUCAGGGGGCCAAUCACAUGAAGUGCAUGGAAUGCAGAAAAGAUUUUCCAGAGGGAUAUGUUCCUGCUGUUACGAAGGAGUCAAAAGAAGCUGUUGAAACUCACAAUGUGAUCAAGAAAGCAUGUAUUGAAUUCUUCAUGCACAUCGUUAGUGAGUAUUGUUUCCCAGCUGACAGUCCAAACCAAACAGAAAUGUGUAAGCACCUCAUGAAGCACAUUGUGAAAUCAAAGGAUGAAUCUAAAACAAAAACGUUUGGACCAUUUCAAGAAGAGAGAGGUGACAGCGACCCAGUGUUCCGAUCAUUUUUGCUAAAGCUACUUCUCAAAGAUAGAAAUGCUGAGGUUGAGGAAAGCAUUGAAUCAUAUCUCCAGAGUGGUGAGAAACUGAUAGGUGAAGAUUCAGAUGACUUUCAGGAAUUGUGUAAAUUGGUUGUUCACUGCCUAGAGGAUUCAUACCAUGAAGAUACCAAAGACAAUCUUGUUCUUGCAAUUGAGAAACUAGAUGCUGCCAAUACAUGGUUGGCAGAAUUUGAACCAAGUAAUCCGAGAAUGGAGCUUUUAGAGGCCAUCGCAGGUGCACAAUUCGGCUUAACAGUUACAGCAAAGGAGUUGUACAAUCUCUAUUCAGACGAUGAUGUUUCACAACAAAAAUCACGCUCCUUGGCACAGAAAAGAUUGUUUGAGGAGGCAUACAAAUUAUGCCAUGGAAAUGCGGCUUCUGAAUCUGAUGUUGCAGUAAAAAGUCAAGAAUGUGCUUUGAUAUUCUUACUCAAACAGUUGUGUCACCGUUAUGGUAAAAGCUGUUUAGAAAACAUAACACGCAACAGAGAUCUUGCUUGGUUAGUUCCAGACAAAGCAAAACCAGACCCGAAUGAUGCAUUGCCAGACCAAUACAUAGUAGCAGGUGAAGAAUAUUCAAAAGUGAGGGAAACAAUUUCAGAAUGUAUUUUGGAUAAUGACUUUGAAAAGUUGGAGAGAUUGUCCAAGGAAAUGGUCGAUACCCCUGUAAAGAUUCAAAAGACAUAUUUUCUGAUGGCCAUAUCAACAGAAUUCAAGGAGCGACACAGACUUUUGGAAAGCGCAAGGCAUGUUCAACCCAAUGUUUUAAAAACGUUCUCAGGUUUUGUGGAUGACUUGGAUCUCUUCUCUGAUGCUCAUAUAUCACAAUUGGCUGGUAAGUUGGCGUACAAUAACCUUGGACAGGACUUCACUAAACUUAAUGUUAGACCAGAACAAUCAGGAGUUGACAGAUUGUUGACAUCCUUACUGGACCAUCUAGCUGUAACAAUCGCCACUUCCGCAGAUGUUUCAACAUUAGAGCCAUUUGUCCAGAUUAUGAGAGAGCCCCAGGUAAUGCAUGAUAAAUUCCUGCCUACAAUGCCCGAGUCUGUAUUACUGGAAGUAAAGGAAGUCUUGAUGAAAGUAGGGGACACACCAGAUGCUGCAUGGUAUGUUUGCCCAAAGGGACACCCAUAUACAAUUGGUGAUUGUCACAAUGCAGCCAUGGUGGCACAGUGUCCAGAGUGCAAGAAUAAAAUUGGUGGUAUUAGCUACAAGCUUGAACCAGGGAAUAAAAGAACACCAGAUAUGAAAGACAACACUAACCAUGGUCAUAUCUUGGGCCAUCCUGAUAAUACUGCUACAGUGUAUCCAGAACGUGAGUUGAGUGUAUCUUGUACUCUUGUACUAAGGUUCAUCCUUCAUGGUACCAUGCUGCUUGGUGCAACUGCAAAUCCUAAGGAUAUAAACAGGCUUAUUGUAAGCAAUCAGCCUGUUGAUUUGGAAACUUUCCUGUAUGGCCAUCUUGAUGCUAACAUCAGACAACUUGCCAGAGCCUGUGGUAAAAGUGUAGAUGACUGUUCUCUGCUGCUGCAUAUGAUAAUGGAUCAGAUCAUCAAAACUACAGAAGUUAAAAAGGGCUGGGGUAAUGACAACACAUUGAGUUCGAAACAGUCGAGAAGAACAUGGGAGGCGAAUUUUGCAGACACAUACAUAAACCCUGUGCUGAAGGACCAAGAUAAUCUUCUCGAUGGAGCUAAUGAUAUGAUACAGAAUGACAAACGAAUAGGUCAGAAUCCACUUAUGCAGUUUAUACAUGAGAGGGUAUCUGUAAAAUUGAAUGUGAAAUGCCUAUUUGCUGAGCCAAACAUGUGGACAUACAGACAGAGGAUUACACUUGAAAAUCUACACCAUGCUUUUGAAGCCAGUGACCAAUACAGAGAUUGUCACUUCUUGAAUCAGUUCCUCAAGCAGGAGAGGUUGGUCAGCUGCACACAGCAUCUUCCAUCCAUUGUUCAGCUCCUCCAGAUGUUGUCCAACAGACUUGCACUCAGCAUUUCAGAUAGUCAACUAGAUGAGAACACUAUCAAUGAUAUUGUUGAUUUGGUACCUGAUUACAUGAAAGAAGAACUGACAGAUCUCAUCAGCAUAUUCAUCAAAGUGUGGAAUAAUACGAGACACUAUUUGCCAACAGAAAUAGAGGGAGUUAAGACUGUCAAUCAGCUUAAUAUGGAUAGCAAUGCUGGGGUCUUGUUCAUAAAGCUGAAAGGCACAGGAAUGUGGACGUUGGAACUGGUCAACCAAUUAAAGAAUGUGCAUAACAGCUUGAUUGCUUUUGCCAAAGAGACAAAAAGUGCUGGAAAUGAUGUGAAGGUGACUGCUGUUGGGAAACAACACAUGAUAUCAUAUGUCAGGGAACGGGACAUGAUUCCACUCGUGCUAUCCAAUUGUGAAUACUCCUUAAGACAAGGACAGGGAACGACUGUCAAAUACAAUUUUGCAGCUCUUGAAAAACAGCUCUUCAAUAGGUUCAUCAAGGGGAAACCUAUUAUAACUGGGCAGGUUCCAUUCUUCACAUUUAAAUGGGAGACAAGAAUGGUUGAGUUGAAGACAUACCAAUCUCUGAGGGAAAGAAUACCCCAGAAGGCAAUACAGAAGGAGACACAGAAAGCCAUCCUCCAGGCUAUGAAAGACAUAUCUGAAGUGUAUAGUACACUGAGAGUGGUUGAACUUGCUAUUGGCUUUGUCGCUACCACCGGUGGGACACCUGACAUGAAGGUCUAUGACUAUAUGAGGGAUAUGAUUGGCCAUCCCAAUACUCAAUCUACCAUAGUCAGUGUACUAUCCCAAGCAGAACUGCAGCAGAUGAUGUCAUUAUGGCAGCUGGUAGCAACAGAGGCAGCCAGGCAGUUAUAUAUAGCUAAUCUUGGAAAGGAUCCAUUUGAUGAUGUUCCAAGUGAAUACAAAGAGGAGUUACCAGGUGACAGUAAAGUGAUGGAACAGAUAAAACACAUGGAACUUACUAGACUCCUUAUGGAACUCUAUGAGUGUAUUAUGUUGCAUCUUGCUAAUCAAACGCAGGAAGAACGGAUGUACUCACUAAAUGCAAGUCUGAGUUACACGCUGGAUGCCUACAUUAAUGACAGGAACCAGGUUGUGUCAGACCCAGAACAGAACUUCCUGAAAAUUAUGAACGAACAUGUUCCAGAUGACAUAACACCUGCACAUGCUGUGUAUCUUUGGAAGGCCAUAGUUCUGGAACUUCAAAAGCGAUAGAACUAAAACUUUAUGAUGAUGUUUGUGAAUAGACUGUAUUAUUUUUGAAAUAUUCAGACUAGGCAUGAAUGAAAUGAAACAUUCUGUGUUCAGUUUCUUGACCAGAAUUAAUCUUGAUAUCAGACUUGACAUUGAUUUCAAUUGAUUUAAACAUAUCAAUCUGUUGUGAUUGAAUUAACUUUAAAAAGACAGAACUACAUUUCACACAUGUACAUGUAGUUUUAUGAAAAUGCAAUAAUGUUUGGAAAAAUAUAUUUUUCUCUCACUUGCAUGCAGUGGGAAAUAGUGUUCAGUUGAUCUACCAGAAUUUCAAUUUGUGAAUCAUAAUAAUACAUAAUUACGUGAUAGUGCAUGAUUGAUGGUACUUCUACCGUUUUUAAAAUGUGGUACUUAUAAUAUAAACAUCAUUAAGCAUUGAUUUUUAAUAUAAAGAAAUAAUCAUGUCUGGUCUUGCAUGCGGUUAGACACAUAGCAAAACUAUAUAGUAUACCAAAGUAGAUAUACACAUUUUAUAAACUACAUUAUGAUUAAUGUCUCAGAUGUCUUGCACAAUGCUUACUGUACAUAAUUACAGGUACAAUAGCUUAUAAUGUAUCAUUCAUGUUAAUCGCUUAUGUGUAUUGUUUAGGAAGAAAAGUCAUUUUAUAAUAUGAUUUUUCUGUUGGUUUGAACAUUAAUAUACUUUUUUCUUUGUGCACUUAGUGAAAUGAUUCUAAAACUUGAUUUGUGUGUUGAUGCUUCAUAUUGAUUUGGCAUUACCAUUAUGGUAUAUACAGCUGUGAAGCCUAGUCAUGCAUCAAAUCCACUCAAAUAUAUGUGAAGUUGUAUUCAUAUAUUAUUUUUAGACUCUGGUUAUGUUUAUUAAUCAUUCCUUAAAAACUAUGGAAACGCAGCACACUAACUUACAGUGUAAAUUGUUUCUUGAAAAACUUUUUCCAUAAAUACGUUUAUGUACAUGUACCUUCUCCUUCGAAGGCACAUUACUACCUGUACUGAUUAUAGUUAUAGAACAGUUGCAGAAAUAUGUUAGGGUUAUUAGUCAAAGUAGUUUUGUUUCUUAAGUUAGAAUUUUUGUUUAAGCAACGAAUGCAUCGUGUAUUU